AUGUCGGGACUUGUGAGUAGAAUCCGCAAUGGUAUUCCCAGACCUCAUCUGCAUGCAGCAGGCACAGAUGAGGUCAAGGGUCAGGACAUGUGGCUCGACAACGAUGAUAUCAGACCACUAAGACUUGCUGAUCGGACAUGGAACAUGAAGGCAUACUUGACCUUCUGGUUCAGUGCUGUAGCCACCGUCUCAAACUGGUACGCGGCAUCCUCGGCUCAAGCUUUGGGAUUGAGUAUGUGGGAGUCCAUUGCUACUGCUUUGGGAGGGCAAAUACUUAUCGCCAUUGUGAUUGUGUUCAAUGGCCGUGCUGGAGCGAAGUAUCAUAUCGGCUUUCCUGUUUUGAACAGAGCUGCCUUCGGAGUCUUUGGAGCAUGGUGGCCUACCUUCAACCGUGCUGUGAUGGCCAUUGUAUGGAACGGAGUCAACGGCAUCGCCAAUCUCAGGAACAUCAUGGGCAAAGGAUCAGCCAUCGGCUCUGGAGAAUUCAUCGGCUGUAUCAUCUUCUGGCUCAUCACUUGUACCUUCCUGGUCAUUCCAGUGCCCAAGAUGCGAUCGCUCAUCUACGCCAAGCUUUUCGUAUUCAUCGUUUCAGCAAUUGCCAUGUGUGCAUGGACCUUGACAAAAGCAGGUGGUGUCGGAGCUAUCGCGCAUCAGAAGGGCGCGGCCACUGGAUCAGAGAGGACAUGGCUCCUUGUUCGAUUCUUCUUCCUGGGUGCUGCAAACUGUGCAACUUUUGCAUCUAAUGCAGCCGAUUUCCAGCGUUAUGCUCGUAGGCCUAACGAUGUUAUUCUGGGCAACCUCGCUGGUUUUCCUUUGAGCAACUUCAUCGUCUGCAUCAUUGGUAAUCUUGUGGCAUCAGCAUCGCAAGCAAUCUACGGCGAAGUUGUCUGGAAUCCUCUUACCUUCCUUGAUAUGCUCCAGACAACAGAGUACAGCUCUGCGAAUCGUGCAGGCUGCUUCUUCAUUGCCGCUUGCUUCGGAUACUCAGCAAUCUUCUCAUCAAUUUUUGAGAACUCGCUGCCUGCUGGUAACGACAUUGCGGCUCUGUUUCCAAAGUACCUUACCGUACGCAAAGGCUUCUUCAUAUGUGCUGCUGUGUCAUUUGUCAUCAAUCCAUGGUACUUGCUCGGCAGCGCAGGCAUCUUCAUCUCUUUCCUUGCAUCGUACCAAAUCUUCCUGUCUUCAAUCACUGGUGUCCUGCUAUGCCACUACUACAUUGUUUCGCGCGGCUACCUCAAAAUCGACGACCUCUACACAAGUGACAAGAAUGGUGUAUACCAUUACUUCCACGGCUGGAACUGGCGUGCCUACGCCGCCUACAUCAUCGGCAUCAUUCCUAACUUUUACGGUUUCCUUAACAACAUGGGAGUUUCUGCACCUCCGGGUGUCACCAGAGCUUACUACUUUGCCUAUGAGAUCGGCUUGAUCUUGAGUUUCGGAGUCUAUUGGGCUUCUUGCUAUCUUUAUCCUCCUGCGUUGGUCAUGCCUCUAGGAGAAUGGCAUGAGCCCAAGGACUACGUGAGACCUGAGGAGAGGGCUGAGGUACUUGAAGGUAUGCCGGGAGAGACCUGGGGAGAUAAUGUAGAUGGUGUGUCUAAGGUAGUUCAAGGAGAGGUCAAGGAGCUGAGAUGA